UCUCCAUUUUCGUCACACCAAACCCUAAAUUCAACUUAAUACACAAUUUUUAUUCACUCGUUUAUUAAGUUUUUCGUCAUUUUUGCUGCAUUUUCUAGCAAUGGAGAGUGUGAACAAAAUGGUGGCAGAAAAACCAGUGGCGAUCUUCAGCAAGAGUUCAUGCUGCAUGAGCCACUCGAUCAAAUCCCUCUUUACUGAUUUUGGUGUUAAUCCUGCAGUGUAUGAACUUGAUGAAAUUCCAAGAGGUGGAGAGAUUGAACAGGCUCUGUUAAGACUCGGUUGCAACCCGGCGGUCCCAGCGGUGUUCAUUGGUGGCGAAUUUGUGGGUGGAUCCAAUGAGAUCAUGAGUCUCCACCUCCGACGAUCCUUAAAGCCAAUGCUCAAAAGGGCUGGUGCAUUAUGGGUUUAAACCCUACUUCUUAUAUCUAAAACUAUGACCAAUGCAUUUUUAUUGCAUUAUGAAUGGUAGAAUUAGGAUUAAAUGUAAUAAUGUUAUCCAUAAAUAUAUGGAGAGAGUGCCUGUGUGCUGCAGUUUUGCUAACAAUAUCAAUGUUUUGACUAAUAAAAUAAACUCAAGUUUUGAAUAAUCAA